AUGAAACGUAACGUGAUUCCUCUGUUUGUGUCUGCAACCCUGCCCUGACUGAAAAGGCCCGCAACUGCUUCCCAAAAGCUCUCCAAAAAAACUCCGCUCGUUAACCGGGAGUAGCUUCCUGUUCUCGACCUGCUUAUACGACACGCUGAAAGGCACCGGGGAGCCGAGAGGAAGGGAAGCUCGGUCCGUUUUAGGAGCAGGCUCGACAUGCCUCUCCACGGCAUUUGGCCUCUACGUUGGACGUUAACCCGCGCCUGAGGAAAACACGGCACAAUGGGCAACGAGGACGGCUCAGAAGACGUGUACGUCGCUGUGAUUCGUCCAAAGAAUCAAGUCAGCCUGUCUUCCAAGGAGUACAGGGCUAAAGCUUAUGAGAUCCUGUUGAAAGAAGUGCCGUUGGAGGGGAAGGAGAAGAAGCGGAAAAAAGUCCUUCUGGUGACAAACGUUAAAUCAGGAGACAAGUCUAAAUCCAUAUUGGAUUACGUCGAUGAAACUAUAAGACCGAUCUCCAACAACCAAAGCUUCAUAGGAAAGCGCGUGGUGCACAUGAAGAGAUUUAUCCUUGAAGGUGACAACGAAGAGAAAGAGGCGUCUCUCUUUGUGGUGCCAGUCGGCGUUAAAGAUAACAGCAAACCCAUCCACAACUCGGGGAGCCCCAGUUUUUACUGUUUCCAGGACAUCAUGCGGGUGUGCAGCGAAACCAGCCCUCACUUCUGCUCCGUCACUUCCAAGAUGCUCCUGGCUCUAGAUAAAUGGUUAGCGGAGCAGCACACCGUCCCUCACGCCAUCCCCGCCCUGUUCAGGCCGGCUCCUGUCGAGCGGGUCAAGACCAACGUGAACAACCCAGCCUACAGCAGCGAGGGGAAACUGAGCGACGAGGGCCUGCACAUGGGUUACACCGCCCUGGAGAUCAAGAGCAAGAUGAUGUCCCUGGAGAAGGCAGACAUGUGCAUCCAGAAUCCCCUGUUUGGCUCCGACCUGCAGUACACCAACCGGGUGGAUAAAGUCAUCAUAAACCCUUACUUCGGUCUCGGAGCUCCAGAUUACUCCAAGAUCCAAAUCCCCAAGAGGGAUAAAUGGCAGCAUGGGCCCAACUGUGUGGGAGAAGACAAGGAGCACCAGUGGGUGGACGACUUUCCUCUCCACCGCAGCGCCUGUGAAGGAGACACAGACUUGCUCUCUAAGCUCCUCGACAGCGGCUUCUCGGUCAAGCAGCUGGACAGCGAUCACUGGUCCCCCAUCCACUACGCCUGCUGGCACGGUAAAGUGGAGGCGACAAAAAUCUUGCUGGAGAAAGGCAACUGUAACCCAAACCUGCUGAACGGCCAGCUGAGCUCCCCUCUGCACUUUGCGGCCAGAGGAGGCCACGCCGAGAUAGUGAAGCUCCUACUGCAGCACCCGGAGAUCGAUCGGCACAUAGAGGACCAGCAGAAGAGGUCGCCUCUCCAGGUGUGUGAGGAGAACAAACAGAACGAAUGGGAGGAGACCAUAAAACUUCUGCAGCAAGCAAACAGCAAGCCAUACGAGAAGGUGCGUAUAUACCGCAUGGAUGGCUCCUAUCGCUCCGUGGAGCUGAAGCACGGCAACAACACAACUGUGCAGCAGAUAAUGGAGGGUAUGCGGCUUUCUCAGGAAACCCAGCAGUACUUCACCAUCUGGAUUUGCUCAGAGAACCUCCACCUGCAGCUGAAGCCCUACCACAAGCCUCUGCAGCAUCUGCGCAUCUGGACGGAGAUCGUGUCAGACUUGACGGUGCUGGACCCCCAACGGGAGACUCCUCAACUCUUCCUUCGCAGGGACGUCCGGCUGCCUCUUGAAGUCGAGAAGAAGGUGGAAGAUCCGCUCUCCAUCCUCAUCCUGUUCGACGAGGCCCGUCACUGCCUGCUGAAGGGCUACUUUCCUGCUCCGGACAGCAAACUGAUCACUCUGGCCAGCCUCCUUCUGCAGAUCAUCUAUGGCAACUAUGAGAGCAAGAAGCACAAGCAAGGCUUCCUCAAUGAGGAGAACCUGAAAUCAAUUGUGCCGAUAUCAAAGGUGAAAAGCAAAGCGUACCACUGGACCAACAGGAUUCUGCACGAAUACAAAGCUCUGAGCACCAGCGAGGGAGUGAGCAAAGAGAUGCACCACCUGCAGAGGCUCUUCCUCCAGAACUGCUGGGACAUCCCAACCUACGGAGCUGCUUUCUUCACCGGCCAGGUCUACACCAAGGCCAGCGCCAGCAACCACAAAGUCAUCCGAGUCUACGUGGGGGUCAACACCAAGGGACUGCACCUCAUGAACAUGGAGACCAAGGUCCUUCUCAUCAGCUUAGAGUAUGGCACAUUCAUUUGGCAGCUGGGACAUGCUGACCAGUACUUCCAGAUCCACAGUGGGGACAACAAAAUGAACUUCAUUGUGCACACAAAACAGGCUGGCCUUAUUGUGAAGCUUUUAAUGAAACUUAGUGGACACAUGACUCCAACUGAUAAAGGCCCCACGGACAAAUACGCCUACGGCUGAGGACGUUUCCAGAAACCAGAUCUGCCAAAAACCUGCAACCACCUUCAUCAUACUGACCAUCCUCAUCUGACUGCAGCAAUCCUGGAUGGAGUCUGCCUUAUUUUCUACAGCGAUCACUUUUUCUACCUGUCGUGACUUAUCUCUGUGUAUUGUGAGCCCAGCAUUUGGAAUCUGUGUAAAUAUGUUUUAUUAUUUAAUAUUUGUUUUAAUAAACAGAUAUAUGAA